AGUUCCGCCUUAAUGUGACGUUUCGCUCGUGCUACGGUACGCCAUUUGUGUCUAGCCACAAAAAGCGCGGACGGUGGCGAUUUUGGGAGAGUCAAGGGUGAUUCAUCCAUCAUCAACUCAAGUUUUCACACUUUCAUAUAAAUGGAACAAGUUAAGACGUUGAUCAAAAACGAAUCUUGAACUGGAGGCUCCUUCAGACAAAAUGCCAAAAAGGAGUUGCGAAGAUAAUGUCCAAAUGGAGGACGUUAAAGCCAACUCACCUAGUCGCACUAUGAAGCCUGAAAAAAAGGAUGGGGAACUGACUCGAGGGCUGCAGGCAGACACUGUGCCCGAAGAUGUGAGUACUCGUUGCUCUGUUUGUGACUUCUUAGCAAAAUGUCCAAGAUCACUGAAGAUUCACUAUGCAAGGAAACAUAAAAAGAGCACAGAUAACGCUGCAAAACUUGCAGAGGACAACCAAACCAUUUCUGAUGAUAGUCGAGGCGGAGUUCAGAAAGAGAUGGCCAUGGAGACAGAAAGUUCUGCUGUGUCAAAUCCAGGGCCAGGACCAGAUGAUCCAAGAUCUGUUUCUCCCGAUGAUAGUUGCAGUCAAGUUGCAAUGUCAGAAAAGCAGUCGAAACAGGCCAUAUCCAUUCAAGAGAGAAGAAUGAGCAAACGAACCCCCAAACCCAAGAUUAUCUAUUCAUGCAACUACUGUGGACUUGAGUUUCGGGACAAAGCUCCCCUUGAUGUUCAUGUCCAGCGAUACCACAGCAAAGACAGCCCACGCACAGCUGAUGCAGAAGAGUACAUGGAGGAAGAAGAUAAUGUUGAGGACACUGAAAGUGCUUUCAAGAUUACCACUUCUCAAGUGGAGCCAAAAUGCACAGGGAACAGAUUCAAGAUAAAGUGUGCAAAUUGUGAUUUAAGGGUUUCCACACUUUGCUUCUUGGAAAGCCAUUCUCGCAUCAAACACCCCGGCCUGGAUUGGUACCGCUGUAAAUUAUGUAACUUCUUUUCUGCUACAUCUCAAUGGAUGGAAAAACACCUAAACUCAGAUAUUCAUAAGCAACAUCAGAGCACACAACAUAGUGCUUCUCAUUCCUCUAAUGAUUGUGUUGAGAGGGUAGCUAAAGGAGAUGGGGGUGGAGACGACAUAGGUGGUGAGGCUCUGGGAAUCCAAGAAGAAAUGGAGGCUGCUAAAGUUGUAGAUGAGGAAGACUUGGAACUGGAACCUCCCAAACCGAAAAGAGGAAGACCAAAACAACAGGCUUCAACCAAAUGUGGGUACUGUGGCUUGGUAGUAUCUAAUGCUACCAACCUCAGUGUCCAUGUCCGCCGUAAACACAGCAAAGAGUAUGUUUACAAGUGUACUCUGUGCAGUUAUAGCUGUGUCACCAAAGGAGACAUCGAUCGCCAUUGUAUCACCAAAAAACACAGGAAACGUGUGCAGCAGUGUGAAAAUCGCAGCCCUGUGAAAAAUAAUGCUGGGCCUUUACUCCAGGAACCCACAGAUACACAAUCUCAGGAAGCAAAUGAAGCUUCAGAGGCCAGGGACAUGCAACACGAAUCACAAGGCUCGAAAAAACACACUGAAGAAGAGCAAACACUGUCAUACACGCCCCCAAUAGAAGGUCACCAUGACUCUUUUGCUUGCAGUCACUGCAAAUUUAUAGCUCACUCAGUCCCCUCCCUCAAUCUUCAUGUGAAACGAAAGCACAGCAGAGACUUUGAAUACGUCUGUUUGGCAUGCAGAUACUAUGCCGUAACAAGUGAGGAAAUGUAUCGUCAUGCCAGCACAGAGAGACACAAGCAGAAAAGCAAAACAUUCCAGGCACUACAGGAGAAUGGUGGCCAAAAAGCUUUGCAGACCUCAACGGUACCCCUUACUGAGCUUAUUGAUCUUAGCGGUGCAAUGGUUCAUCCUGAGUCAGAACCUUUAAAGCUACCCGAUGAUCCAAAUCUAAAUUCCGAAGAAAGCCAAAAAGAAAAAAAACAGCCCACAGUGGCAUCUUCUGUCCCCAUUGAGCCUGUUGACACUGUGGCCACGUUUGCUGGCAAAGCAAAGGAAAAGCAGCCAGAGAGCACCGCAUCUUCCUCUGGUGAUGAUUGCACAGCACAAUCUGAGCAUGUGCCCCAAGCGGAAAUGGCACUUGAAGUGGAACAAUCUCCACAGCAAGAAAUUCAAGAACAAGAGGACACAUGCAUAGAAGGUACCAGCGCAGGAAAGAGCUGCAGUUCAGUUCCAAGAAUGUCCACUGCCCGACCUUUUGAUACCUGCAUUAUGUCCGUAAAGGCCCUAGCUGAACAGGGGCAGCCAUCGCUGGAGGGCGUUGCUCUCGAAGGUGUGGCUGCUGUUAAAGGCUUGACAGGAGAAGCACCAAUGCCCUCUGGGCUCUUGCCCCAGUAUGUCAAGAAGCUUGAACACAAGGAAGUGAGUGUUGAAGCUAAAGUGAGAAACGCCCGAAUUCGCUGUGACGACUGUGGCUUUUUGGCAGAUGGCCUAAGCGGCUUGAAUGUGCACAUCUCAAUGAAGCACCCAACCAAGGAUAAACAUUUCCAUUGUAUGGUGUGCGGCAAGUCAUUCUACACUGAGAGCAACCUGCAUCAACACUUGGCCAGCGCUUCCCACAUCCGAAAUGAGCAGAACAGCGUCGAUGAGCGUCUUGACGGCGGUGCGUGCUUCAAGUGCGCAAAAUGCACAGAUCGCUUUGAAACGGAGCAGGAGCUGUUCAAUCACAUCAAGGAGAAACAUGAUGAGCUGCUGAGACAAGUAAACAAGUAUGUGAUUGAGGACACAGAACAGAUCAAUCGUGAGCGGGAGGAGCACCAAGGCAACAAGUGCAAGUACUGCGGCAAGGUGUGCAAGAGCAGCAAUUCCAUGGCUUUCCUGGCACACAUUCGCACACAUACCGGUUCAAAGCCCUUUCUUUGUAAAAUUUGCCACUUUGCAACGGCUCAGCUGGGAGAUGCCAGAAACCAUGUGAAAAGGCACCUUGGCAUGAGGGAGUACAGAUGUGACAUCUGUGGAUGGGCCUUUGUAAUGAAGAAACACCUCAGCACCCACCUACUUGGCAAACAUGGAAUUGGGCAACGUAAAGAGAGGAAGUUCGAGUGCAAGUUGUGUGAGCGCUCCUUUAGUGAAAAAUGGGCCCUAAACAACCACCUGAAACUGCACAGUGGGGAGAAACCAUAUAAGUGUUCCUGGCCGUCCUGCCACUACGCCUUCCUCAACCUGUCGGCAAUGAAGGACCAUUAUCGUACGCACACUGGUGAAAAGACUUUCCUCUGUGACCUGUGUGGUUUUGCUGGAGGCACACGGCAUGCUCUCACCAAGCACAGACGCCAGCACACAGGAGAGAGACCCUUCAAAUGUAAACUUUGCAACUUCGCUUCAACUACGCAGUCCCACCUGUCAAGACACAAUCGUGUUCACACUGGGGAGAAACCAUACCGUUGCCCCUGGUGCGAAUACAGAUCCAACUGUGCUGAGAACAUUCGAAAGCACAUCCUCCAUACAGGAAAACACGAAGGGGUGAAGAUGUACAACUGUCCAAAAUGUGACUACGGCACCAACUCUCCUAUAGAGUUCCGCAACCACCUAAAGGACAGGCACCCUGACAUUGAGAAUCCCGACCUUGCUUACCUACAUGCAGGCAUUGUGUCCAAGGCUUUUGAGUGCCGUCUUAAAGGCCAGGGGGCUUCUUUUGUGGAAACGGAUGUCGUGGAUUCCUCUGUGGAAAGGAAGCUCAGCAAUGAAGACGACGUCCAGCAGGUCAUCAUCAUCCAAGGCUACAGUGAUGGAGAGGUGGCCGUCGACCAGACUCUGGAGGAGUCGGCUGCCGCCACCCUCCAGACUCUGGCCAUGGCGGGCCAGGUGGCAGAGGUUCUCCACAUCACAGAAGACGGACAAGUGAUCGCCUCAGGCAGGGAGGUGGCGUCCGCAGGGGCCCAGCUUGCGAGAGGAAGUGCCCGAUAUGUGGUGCUGUCAACGGGCGAGGCCAAUGAGCUGCAGGCUGCAGCUCUGGAAGCUGGCGAAGACUCGGCAGCCGCGGGAAAAAGUCAUGUCGUGUCCGAGUCGUCCACAGCUCUGGAUGCUCUGCUCAGCGUUGUGAGCGAGAUGGGCCAGCAGGAGAAAAUGCACGAGGAAGCAUCCGCCGCUCACGAGGUCGCCGCCCCCGAGACGGUCGAGCCUGUGGAGAGUGACGUGCAGCCUGUGAUCAAACAGGAGGAGGAGGUGCAGGUCAUUAACCAGGCGGGGCAGGAGGAGAUGCAGAACCUGCUACAGCUGGCAGCCUCUCGGAUGAUAAAGGAAGGUCUCACCCAGGUCAUCGUCAACGACGAGGGCACCCACUACAUCGUUACGGAACUGGACAACUGCACCCUACAGGUGGAGGGAGGUGUGUAUGAAGAGGCUGCCGUGGAUGAUGCUUGAGAGCGGCAGGCCGGGUGAGGGCUGUCACCAUGACGCCCCUUAGUUGGAGGAGCACCAUUUGGACUUUAGUUUUUCAUCCUCACCCCAAGUCUAACUCCAGUUAGACACUGAAUACAUAAUAAGGUGCAUUUAAUUAUGUUUGCUAGCACCCAGACAAAGCUUAAAUCAUGCCUUGCCACCUUUCUGAAAAAAUGUUUUGCAGUCAACAUCACAAAUUAUAAUUGUUCAUCACUAAGGUGUCCAUAUGUAAUCUGCCUUUUAGUGUUGCAGUGGAUGUAUUGUCCCCCUCCCCCCACCAUUACUGUUUUGCUGAACAUAACAUUAAGCUUUUUUAUAAUUUUUUUGUCUUAUCUUUUGUAGUCAUUAGCAUAUGAUUAGCUACUAACCACUGUUUUGCAACGUUUGAAAGCACAUCUUAUGCAUCGCUGAGGCUAUAUUAUGGCGACAUUAUGCCGACAGUUUGAAGGCCGUUUGCUUAUUGGUGAGCUUUGUGUAUUCUAAAUUCAUUUUCAUUUCUUACAAUAAAGAUUGAAGCCAAUUUUA